CAUUGAUGCAACAAACGAGGAAAAUAAUUCUCUCUUCGCUGCUGCAUAAAUUACACCGUCGAUCGUCCUGAGGGUAUUCAUCGCGCAUUUUAUCUGCGAAUUUUAUUCUAUUUUACGACGACGAAACAGUAAUAAGUGCAAAAAAUGUCAUUGAUAAUUUUUUCUACAUAAAUAACCAUAAACGUGUGCGGGGGACUCUCAACAACAGAUAUAACUGCAGCAAUUGUUCCGUUUGCGAUAAUUUUCUUGUGCGCGUACAAUGGAGAAGGUCCGUACAAUUAUAUUUCUCCUGGAGGUAUUACUGAUUGGCGGCAUUGCCUUGGUGACUGCAGCAGAUGCAGAGGCUAACGUAUGCGGGGAGAAUGAAGGAUCUCAUCCCUGUGGAAGGAUGUGCGAGCCGACGUGUGACAAUCCUCAACCGAAUCCAGAAUUCUGUCCGAGAAUCCAAUGCACCAAGCUCACGGAGUCUUGUCGUUGCCACAAAGGAUAUCUGAGAGAGUUCUCGAGUAAUUGUGUCGCACCAGAGAGCUGCCACAAGGAUCGUCAAGAAUAAAACUGAUCUGUUAUUCGAUAAUAUUUAUCUUACACGUAUGCGUAUAAAAAUUAUCUGUACACCUUCUGUUCCGUCAUAAAGGGAUCUCCAACCUCAGAGUACAACAAAAAGUCUUUAAUGUCAAAAUGAAAUAUAUAAACGUGGAAAUAUUAGUCUACGUAUUCACUCAAGGGUUCAAUGGGAUAUUCGGCCAGUAGUGAGGCUUUGCUUGAUCCUUGUGCCUGUCAACCAUCACCUGAAGAGCUGUCUCCAUACCAAUUAUCCUGGUGGCAGCAGAUCCAUACAGUUCCUGAGCAUUCUCCAUCUUCUCGUGAUCCUGAAUCUCACGAAUAACAGGAGGACAAUCGCCCUCGUUAUUCAGUCUAGAAUCCGCUGUUUCAGAUUCACGACUCUUCUUCAACUCCAUUUUAUGACGAAUACUCUGCUCCAGGAAAUUGAGCAUAUCCUCAUCAACAUGGAACUCCAAGUUUCCCUCGUCUGAUGAAUUAUUCAGGGAAUUGUAAUGAGAAUUUGAAGGUGUCGAUGGCUCAUUGUAAUUGGAGUGUUGAGUCAGCUCUCGUACUUUGCUCCUCAGGAUUCUAUUCUCGUGCUCCAGGGCAAUGCAACGUGACCUCCACCAAGCAACAUUGUGUCUGAAAUGUUGAAAAAUAAUAAAUAAAUAUGUGAUGAUGAUUAA